AUGACAGGGUGGGGACAGUGGAGGGCAAUCAUCCUACAUUUCCUGGAUCCUCCUUGGGGUCAGCCCCACAUGAUUGAUGUUUCUCAGGUGGUGUGCUGGCGCUCCAUGCGACGAGGCUGUGCAGUGCUGGGAGCCCUGGGGCUGCUGGCCGGUGUGGGUGUCGGCUCCUGGCUCCUAGUGCUGUACCUGUGUCCUGCGGCCUCUCAGCCCAUUUCUGGAACCUUGCAGGAUGAGGAGAUAACUUUGAGCUGCUCCGAGGCUGGUGGUGAGGAAGCUCUGCUCCCUGCACUUCCCAAAACAGCGUGGUCCCCUGUGUGCAGUUUCAGGCUGUCCCGCCUGUCCAGCUGGCGGGUGCAUGCGGGGCUGGUCAGCCACAGUGCCGUCAGGCCCCACCAGGGGGCUGUGGUGGAGAGGAUUAUCCCACACCCCCUCUACAGCGCCCAGAAUCAUGACUACGACGUCGCCCUCCUGCGGCUCCGGACCCCUCUCAACUUCUCAGACACCGUGGGUGCUGUGUGCCUGCCGGCCAAGGAGCAGCAUUUUCCGAAGGGCUCGCAGUGCUGGGUGUCUGGCUGGGGCCACACCGACUCCAGCCAUACUUACAGCUCGGACAUGCUCCAGGACACGGUGGUGCCCCUGCUCAGCACUCAGCUCUGCAACAGCUCCUGCGUGUACAGCGGAGCCCUCACCCCCCGCAUGCUUUGUGCUGGCUACCUGGACGGAAGAGCUGAUGCAUGCCAGGGAGAUAGCGGGGGCCCCCUGGUGUGCCCAGAUGGGGACACUUGGCGCCUGGUGGGGGUGGUCAGCUGGGGGCUUGGCUGCGCAGAGCCCAAUCACCCAGGUGUCUACGCCAAGGUAGCUGAGUUUCUGGACUGGAUCCAUGACACUGUUCAGGUGAGUGUGGGGGCAGGAGUAGGACAGGGAGGUUUCUAAAGGACCUGCCCCUCCAAUGCAAGGAACCUUACCCCUUAGGCCCAGGUCCUGCUGGGGGCUGGGGAGGGGACUAGGACAUGUUCUCCAGAGUGGGUGGAGGAAGAAGUGAAGCUUAAACAUUGAAUCCACUGGAUUUCUAUCAAUUUAAGGAUAAACUGGGUAAGAGUAACCCUGAGUUUGUAUCCUAGAUCUGCCUUUUCCUGUGUCGACCUUCAGCAAGUUUCUAACUUUGGUAAACCUUAGUUUCCUGAUGAUAACCAUCAUGGCCGCUUAUAUGCUAUUAAAUAAGACCUGUACAAUGCCUAGCACAGUGCUAGGCUUAGAGUGAGUGAUCUGUAGUACUUUUUGUUUUUUUGAGAUGGAGUUUUGCUCU